AUGCUCAGAAUAAUCUCCCUUGCUUGUAUUGUUGCCUAUGUCGUUGGGGACGGCAAUUCAUUCCAGUAUAAUAAUGUCCCCGGAUACAAUGACAUAGGAUUCGGUGUGCAGAACUCUUAUGGACCCUAUGCCUUACAGAACAACUAUGAUAACGGUUUUAAUGGCGGUCUCAGCGGAAAUUACGUACCUCAUUACUUCGGUUUCAAUUACGACUUUGGGGGUUCCGCUGUAGCUGGUGCUGCUGCUUCCUCUGACGAUUUUGGAAGUUCUGCUGCAUCUUCUGCUUUAGCUGCCGGUCUGGGUAGCGCAGCCGCCGGUGCUGCUGCUUCUACUGGCGCCGCCGCAUCUGCUGCCUCUGCUGUAGGAUCUGGAAUGUUCGGAAACUACCAAUACUAUGCUCCUUACACUCCUUCUUAUCCAUCAUACUUGUACCUCCCAAAUACUUACGGCAAUAGAUUUGGACCCGGAUACGGAAGUUUUGUUGGUGGAUCAAAUUCAUACAAAAGGCCUAUCAGAGGUUUUCCUAGAUUCCAUAAAAGGGAAAGAUCGGUUUACUAAACAGAGGGACACACGAUAAAAACCAGUAGUUUUAUAAGUAUUAAAUAAAACAAAAGAAAAA